GCUAGAGACCAUAGUUGACAGGGUCCUACCCUGAUCCUGUCGUCCUUAGAGAGUCAGUUAGACAGUCAGUGGGUAGGUCUAAGUGGUGAGGAGUGGGACAAUCAUUGUCGCACCAACACCAUGGAUGACUACCAUAUGUACGGCUUGCUCGUGGGGUUCUCCUUGUGGGGGACCCUCUGGCGUCUCCUCUUUCCAUUAGGCUUUUGGAAUGCCUUCACGUGUAGAGUUGACACGAGGGGUGGUGCUAGUACUACUCCCUACACGAAGGACCAGGAGGAAGAGGCCGCCAGGAUUCUGGCCAAGCAGAAGGCCAGGAAAGAGAAGAGAGAAGUGGCGAAGCAGGUCAAGAAGUUGGCCUUGUUGGAGGAGCAAGCCGCGAAGAAAAAGAAGUUGGAAGAAGAGCUCGAAAUGUUGAAGGAGGAGGAAGAAAGGUUGAAAGCAGUAGAGGCAGAAGAAGAAGAAGAAGAGAAAAAGGCAGAAGAGGAAGUUCCCCUGUUCAGAAAGAGUUUCAGGGACAGAGGGGAAUCCAGUGGGACGAAGAAGGAGGGGGACCCGUGGUUGGAAAAGGUGUCUGAGUGGGUCGCCAAUCUAUCCUUGGGAGAAGAGGAGAAGGCGAUGUUGUAUGUCCCAGGGAAGAACAAGAGGCGAUUAUAAGGGAGUUGGAAGCCGAAGAAGAUCCGCUCAAGCGUCAGACGAUAGAAGAGGAAAUGUGACGGGGUUGAGGCAGAGCAGCCAGGUC